AGAAAUCGUGCUGGCAAUAAAGGCCCAGACAACUGUGCUUCCCAACUCAUGCACAGGCCUCUCAGGAGAAACCUGGGAAGAUCCUGGGCUGGCAGCCCCUUCUCCAAGGUCAGCACGUGGGGCCUGACUCCUCCUCGGUGCCCAGCCUUGCUGGCAGCUAGGAGAGUGGUGAGACAGCUUGGCUUCAAGCAGAAGCUACUUCUGUAAUCAGACCAGCCAAGGGUGGUGAGACCUGAACUCAGAAUCAGAAGACAUGAGCAAUCCUCAGACUUUGGAGGAGGAGGUAUAUGACAUGUCAGGUGCCCGCCUAGCCCUGACACUGUGUGUCACCAAAGCCCGGGAAGGUUCAGAGGCAGACCUGGAUGCCCUGGAAAGCAUGUUCCAGCAACUGGGAUUUGAGAGCACCGUGAAGAGAGACCCUACCGCCCAGCAAUUCCUGGAAGAGUUGGAAAAAUUCCAACAAGCCAUUGAUGCCCGAGAAGACUUUGUCAGCUGUGCUUUUGUGGUGCUCAUGGGUCAUGGGUUAGAAGGUCGCCUCAAAGGGGAGGACGAGAAGAUGGUCAAGCUGGAGGACCUCUUCCAGGUUCUGAACAACAAGAAUUGCUGGGCCCUGAGAGCCAAGCCUAAGGUCUACAUCGUACAGGCUUGUCGAGGAGAACAAAGGGACCCUGGUGAACCAGUUGGUGGAGAUAAUCUUGUGAUGAUCUCAAAAAUCACUACUGAAACCAUCCCAACGUACACAGACACCCUCCAUGUCUACUCCACUGUGGAGGGGCACAUUGCCUAUAGACACAAGGAAGAGGGCUCCUACUUCAUCCAGACCCUGGUUGAUGUGUUCAUGAAUAGGAGAGAAUCCAUCCUGGAGCUUCUGACAGAGUUAAGUCCAUUACACAACUCCCUCAAAGGCCCAGUCCCAAGCGGACCACACCUUUGCUGCAGGUGACCCGACGGAUGGCAGAAGCGGAGCUGGUUCAAGAAGGGAAACCGAGGAAAGUGAACCCUGAAAUCCAAAGCACUCUUCGGAAACGGCUCUAUCUGCAACAGAACUAGAAAGGGCAGGGAGAUUCUCUCUUUCAGGUGCUCUCUCUGCCUCACAGAUAUUUAGAGGCAGCUCUCACCACUUCUCCAAAAUCUUGUCUUCCCAAAGCUAAAUGGCAUGCAGCUCUUCUUUCAUCACACUCUUCAUGAAGGUCCUCCUUCAAUCUAUUCCUGUCCUUCUUAGGCCAAGCCAGCUAAAACUGAGCACAAGCCAUGGGGAUAACAUUAACAUCACCUCCCUCAGGCUGGAUUCACUACCUCUGUUAAUGCAACCCAAGAGGGCAUUCGCUUAUCCCACUCUCUGCUCCUAUGCUCAGCUGAAACCCUCUUCCUUCUGCCAUGAAUCAUACCCAUACAAAUGUAGCUGGAUAAAGCUCAAUAUUUUCCACUGAUAAAUCAAUGCCCACUCAACACCUCCCACCCUAAUCAAAACUUCACUGGCUUUGGGAUUUCACCUGGGGUUAUAACCUCCUCCUCCUCCUGAGAACCACAUCCAUUCUCAUCUCCCAGAGAUUCCUUCCCAACCUCCAGAAAUUCAGUAAGGCAAGAAUUGUUCUGUCUCCAAGACCCCUCUUCCUUGGCUAGCAAGCUGGUGCCUUGACAUCAUCUUCCUCAUGGGCUCUCUCUGGCUAAUGGAGCUGCUUCUUCCUUUUCUGGGUCUCUCCCUCCUAACUAAUUCCACCCCCAUCCUUUCAAGGCCCUGGACUCUGUCAUCUAUUCAAGACAAUCCAUCCACUCACCCAUUCUUACAAUUUCAACUUUCAACCACGCUGAAUCAGAAUAUGUUAGAGCUAUGGCAAAUCCCCUAGUGUUACCCUGUUUUUUUUUUUUUUUUCAGACAAUAUAAUAGAGGUCUAGAGAGAUUAAGUAGCUUUUCAAAUACCACACAAUAAGUCAGUGGCAGGGUCAAGGUCUGGCUUCCAUCCCAGUCCCAUUUCCACUGCCUGCUUAGUCUUAAUCCAUCAGAAAACUUUUCUGAUUAGAGGAGCUGCCUAAUAAAAGUUCUUGGAAGUAAGAACUUCUAAAAAUUCUCAAUAACCAGCAGUCAAAGCAAGUUUACCUCCAUGGAAUUCUGGCUCUGGGCUGGAAGCUGGAUCAGAGGCUUCCACAUCUAUAACACCUGUCUACCUAUCUCCACUCCUGACCUUUCUCACCAAAAUAACCUGUGGUCAUAUCAGCCAUCAUUAAAAACUCAUGGCUAUAGAUGAGCAAUUUUUUCUUAGUCCAUCCUCCAAGUGUUCCCUGGAACCCUCAGCCUCAAACCUCUGCAGUUAUCUAUAACACCCCUCUUCCUGCAUUCUUCAUAUGUCACCAGGCACCAUGCCCAUCCCAGCCUGACUUUCAAACAGUUUUCUUCCCUUGCAUGUCACUCUCUAGUUCCAUCCUCUUACGUCUGCAUCUUUGCACCAGUUUCCUUCCUUGCCUCUGUGGCUGCCCAUCUUACCCCUCCACUGCCCUCCAUGCCGCCUAUAAUUCUUGAUCUCCCCAGAACACUCAAGAAGACACAAUGGUGCCCCAUUAUUAUACAGGUCAAGGCCAAAAUCCACAUCCCGAUUUCUCACACCCUUACAAUCCCACUCCCUACCAGCAAUCAGCUAAACUCAUCUCCCACCUCCCCAACCAUGAAUUCACUCUUCCAACAAGAUUAAUGUUGCCUUACUCAUCCCUGCCUCUACACUUUUGCUAUCAAUAUUUCUCAAACUUGGGUGCCCUCUCUCUCUUGUUCACCCCCUUUCCACUAUCUCCCACCCCCACCUAUUCCAGAAAGCCAUUCCUAAUAUUCUUUCUAGUUGAUUCUGCUCUCUCGUCCAGGGUGAGACACUGAAAUUACAAUUUCUCCAAAGCAGGGAACAAGUCUUUGAUCAACAUAGUGGAUGUUCAAUAAACAGAUGUCAAAUUCUAAAAGAAUGUCUUAGAAUCAUUGCUCUACUUAAACAGUGAGGCUGAUGUGAAAGGCAUUAUGGAUUUGGUUUCUUUCUUGUGAU